ACAAAAAUCGUUGCUAUAAUUAUUGUCAACGUUUUAUAUGUAAUCAAUAAGAAUCGUCAACUUAUUGAUUCUACUAAAAUUCCUUUGACAAUAAAUUGUAGUUUGUUAAAACAAAGAAUUCAAUCAGCUUCGUCAAAUAAAAUAUUUAUACAAACCACCUUUUAAUUUAAGUCAAACAAUUUAAGCAAUUAUUCAAUAUAAACAUUCUUGUUGACGGGGCAUGAUAAAAUACUGAGAUCUUUUUAUUUACCUCCACUAUGAAAAAAUACAAGAAAAUAAUUGAUACACUCCACUAUUAAUUAAACUAAUAACUGGGAAAUUAGAUUGAAUCGACCGAAUAAAAACACUUUUUAUUGUCUCUAAAUAUUUUAAUAGCGUCAGCUUGUUACACAUGAAAGCUUGUAUCCAAUUUUCCAUUGUGUAUGAAGAUAAAUUUUUGGGAACGAGAGCGAUUAAUCAUCGAUAAAGCUUUUCCAAUGUACGCGCGUCUCGUUCUUCCCUUGCGUGUUUUAAUCCAAUUAUCCCGGAAAUUGCCUGGCUCGUGAUAAAAACGAAGAGAGGAAAAAUUAAAGGGAGCAGCGUGAAAUUUAUUUUUCUUUUUUGCAUAUGCGUACACCGAAAUGAAAUUUUUUAAAUCUCCUUGAGGAAAUUAAAUGCGAUCGUUAUUAAAAGAAAUUAGAAGCUUGUUCCCUGGCCCGUGCCAAAAUCUUAUUUUCCGUACAUGUAUAAUAAAUAUAUUCUUGUUUUUAUAUAUUCAAAUAAUUUUACAAUAUUGUUUUGUGCAUGUUCUUCUUUGUUUGCAGUAAAUAUAUCUUUGUUGCAUGUAUUAGACGUUUCUAAAAUAUAUAUUCAUGAAUGUUUAGACGUAACGGUUAUAUUUUUAGUACUUUUAUUAAAUAAUAAUCUGUAUUGUACUUCUGAAUUUUUGCGAAACGGUGUGACCCAUCCCCUCUUUCGCGGAGAACUUACCCCCGAAGGACAGGCAGGUACAAAUAGGAUUGCUGACACUUCGAACCCUCACUUAACAGUGGAACUUGAAAGUGUCGACAGUCUUUUUCGCUUCAGUGCUUUCGUGAGUUGCUAAUUCUCUUGAUCGGAGGGAAACGACGAGAGACUGUGAAGGAAAACAAGACAAGAAGAUCAGGGAUAUCGAAAGGGAAUUGGAUCAAGAAGCUCAGGAAUUAUUCACCGAGCGAACAGCAAGUUGCAUCGGCUCCCGCGACGACGCACACCCGAGCAAUGAAAGCGUUGGACAUUCCCAGCCGCAACGAGUCUCCCAACGGAGUGACUUCCGGAUCCCUGCAGACGCCGCCGCAGGUGUUGGAUUUGCAGACCAUCGUCUGCGAGUUCGAGAAGGGCUUCUUAUCACCCACGAAGCACGAGGAUGUGUCCAAUCAGAAGAACUUCGUCAAAAAGCUCGUCGCUGCGUUCGAGGUCAAAUACAAGUCCCAAAACGAGCUUCAAGGAAGCCAGGAAACCACCCCGGAAGGCACGCCGAAACGGAAGUCCGGCAUUUCUAGCCCUGCCAAGAAUAAUCCCGGGGAGUCUCAACAAUCUGGCAAGAACAUAGAAAUAACAGGAAACCGGGAAGAGAAAAGCCCGGAGGAAGCAAGAAGAUCAGGCAUUUCCGCGCAUUUAAAACAAUUUGAAAAACAAGACGAAAGUCCUUCGAGGAGACCCUCGAGAAGGAAGCCUGCCGCCUACGUUUCACCGUAUAGGAUCUUCUUCGGCGAAGAAAAUUUCGAGGACUCCUCUGGAGUUGAUGAGGGUGAAACGAAAUCGAGAAACGAAACACCUGUCACUAAUACAUCGUCCAGGAGCAAACCCGAUGAUUGUAAGAGCCAUAAGAGAUCAGGGAUCUUCUCUUCGUUCGGUCGCCGUGGUUCCAAGGACAGUUUGUCCGAGUCCUGCGCGAGUCCCACGCGCUCACCGCGUCAGAAUUCAAAGGAUUCUAGUUCGGAUUGCUCCAGCUUGUCCAAAUUCGACAGAGAGAAGUCUAGAAGGAUCAGCUCCAUACCGUUGUCCCUGAAUGACACAAAGACCUUGGAACACGUCUACCUGGAGACAUCCUACGAUCUGGUCGAAACUAUUUCAGUAGGCGGCCACGCGAUUCAGAAGAGAACGAUGAUCGAGGACUCUGAAGCAGUUCCUCGGUUGGACAAGACUCCGAAAAUAGUUGGCGCGUUCCUGAAGAAGCCGAUCGAAGUCGAAGAAACGUCCAUCGACUGGAUUCCCGUCACCGGGAAGAAGCUGCCACGGAAGAGGUCUCUGAAGAAGCUUCUGUACUCGUUGACUGGGAAUAAACUCGACCGAAAGAGCACGUUGUCCUCUUCGGAGAAUAAUCUGAGCGAGGAGCCGCGCGAGCUCCAGGAUUCCGGAUACGACGACAAGUCCUGCUCUUCUUCCUCUUUGACCUCCCUUAUUUCCGUCGCGGAGGUCUUGCAGCAACAAGAGAACACCUACGUGGAACCUGAGAGAAAACCCACGCUGAAGACCUUCGGCUUGAGGAAAUUGAUGGGCGGAGGAAAGGCUUCUUGCGACACCGACGGUGCCAUCAGAAAAUCGAGUAAGAAGCGAUUGCUGCUGACCGAAGUACCGCGAGAGGAAUUGAAACUGGACCUGGGGCCGUGCUACCCUUCACCAAAAAUAAUAACGAUGUCGUUGGGCCGGAAGUCGGCACCGAAGAAACCUCCUCGUGAUCCGGCUCCCGUCAUUCUAAAGAAGCUGCCGAAGCACCCGCUUUGCUCCAAAAUUCCGAAGCACCCGUUCAUCUCGACGACGAAGUUUGACGAGCCUGAAGAGUCACAAGAGCCACACGAGUGCCGCAGCAACCAGGAGCCGUCGAUAAUAAUCAAGAACGAUUUGUACGAGGUCGAGUUUCGGGCUAGCUGCGACGACAUUUGCCCCUCUGGCUCCUGCCGCAGCCUCUCGCCGGCAUUGAGCAACUACGAUGUUCCUAGAAGGUUCCUGUCCAAGUCUGAGACCUCAUUGAUAGGAUGCACGACUGGCUUAAAGACGGGCGAGAAUCCGAUUUACGACGUGCCGAAUCCGCGACCCAUCGAGAGACCGAGGUCCAGCGUGUUCGACGAGGCUCAGGCUUUGAAAAGAAGCUGCGUUCAACAUGGUUCGAGCAUCUACGCGAUACCGCGUGACUUAAAGGUUCGAUACGCGACCAUAAAUCCCAGGAUGACGUAUCCGAAGGACGAUCCGAUUUCGACGAGAAAUGGGCUUUAAUGUAACGAUCCUCUUGUAUCACAUUCUCAGGUGAGAUGAUUUGUAGUUUUUAAGCUGACUGAAUUGUACAUUUAAGGUAGUGUGGAUACUAUGCGCUUUUGAUAGCGAAUUCCUUUUAUUGAAAGGUAUUAUCAAUCAUUUCAAUUUUUAUCGAGAGUUUAACAGUACAAGUUUUCUUAAUAUUAUAUUCGAUUCAGUUAAUUUUUCGAGAUUAAGAUUUUACCUGAAUACGUCCUUGAAUAAAAGGUAUUGAUGAAAUGAUUGGUAAUAAGAUUUUACUGUAAUUUUUUUAGGGAAUACGUUUUAUCUUUUUAGAACGAAAUUUCACUUAGUCGGUUGUUUAUUCGUCUUGUUUUUACUUGCCUGUAGUAUGAAACUGGAAAGCGUCCAAUAUUGAUAAUUGCGUUUAAGAUUAUUUUACCUUUUGAUUUUUAAUAUGCUCAUUCGAAUGCUCGUAAUGGCUGUGACACUUGAACGUAGGACGCUUUUUGUGCAUCUGCAGGGAAAUGUAGACGGUAUAUUACAAUCGUGUAUACCGCGAGGGUCGUUAAUGACCAUACGCGCUUUUACAACCAUACAAGCUUUUUCCCUCGCGAUGUAGAGAGUCUCGUAUAUUUCGCAAGAAAUAUGUGUGUUUCACGAGAACUCCAAACUACAGACGAAUUUCCUCUUUUUCUUUUAAUCCAUGCAUCUUUGUUCCAAAAGCUUUGCGUUUUAAUUCGUACGUACCAACGGAUGUAUUUUAAUCCUGUAAAGACCUGUACAAUUUUUUAUUACAAAAAUUGUUGGGACGAAAAUUUAAAGAAUAAUAGAGUACAACAAAAAAUUGCGUGCGCAGGGAAUAAGUUACACUACAGCGUUCUCUACGUCCUGUUCGUUUUCAAAAAAAAAAAACGUUAAACUAGGACCUGUAAAGAAAGCAAUCAACAAAAACAUGUAGUAUUUUUUUUAGAGAGAUUGUAAAAAACUUUGUAAUCUCGUAACCUGACAGUAUUAACUUGUGCCACGUAACUAUCUACGAUGGCUGCGAAAAAUGUUUGUGCAUCAGUGUACUACGAUUAAUAAGUCAGAUUAGAAACAUAGUAAAUUAUACAUCAAUUAUGAUAUGAAAAUGGUGUUUACUUAAAAAUAAACGCAUGUGCGAAUACUUUUUUGCAAUCGGUGUAUAUUAAGCAAUUGCUAAUUAAGUGCGUCGGCAUAAUUACCUUAACGAAUUGUACAAAAUUUAUUUACCAAUGUAUUAGUGAUAUUUACAAGUGGAAAAUAAAAGUUCUCUUAACACCGUAAA